GCGAGUUACGUUCAACCUUUCCGCUUCCUGGGUUGGCUCCGCCAUAGGAUCUUUGGGAUCUAGGUCAAUAUUAUCUGCGACAAACCGUGAGCGGGGCGAGCAGGGAGGCCGAGCCGUUUUAAAGAGCAAGAGGGUUACGGCCAAGUCCUUCCCGUCUCGGCUAAAGAGUCAAGUCGACACGUUUGUUGUUUAAUACUAUCAAUCUGACACAAUGUUGCAGACAUUGUUGCGGCUGUAGAUUGAAUCCGAUACAUUGUUGCUGCCUCAGUGUCCACUGAUCCGAUACCUUGUUGCAGCUCGGCUGAUUCCGCGGGGCGUAUGGCGAGCGGCGGCGGCGGCUGCCUGAAGGGCGGCGAAGAGCCCGCUCCUGACGGCCUGUGCGAUGUGUGUGAGCCGGACGAGGCGCCAUCGGCCCUCAAGGUGUGCGACACCUGCAAGCUCUCCUUCUGUCACACUCACGCCGGGCAGCACGACGAGAAGCCGUGCAAUAUGCAGCACCGACUCCGGGACUACCUGGCGGCCGGCGAGGGAGAGGGAGAGGGAGAGGGAGAGGGAGAGGGCCGGCAGCAGGAGGAGCAGGAGGAGGUGGAGGAUAAAGUCGAGGUGGGGGAGAAGGCCGUCGCCGCCGCCAGCCAGGGGCCGGCCGAGGCAGACCAGGAGCAAGGGGUGAGGAGGAAGUGUUUGGAUCAUAACCAGGAGAUCACUCUCUACUGCAAGGACGACGAGAAGAUCAUCUGCGUGCUGUGUGCUGUGGGCGAACACAGCAAGCACCAGCUCAUCACCCUGGACGAAGCCUACUUGGCCGUGAGAAGUCGCCCUCCUGCUGACCUGAAGGGCGCCAUGGCAGGGAUGGUGGUGCGGUUGAAGUCAAAAUGCGUCGAUCCAAAUGUGACUCAGGGGCAAAUGAUAGACUGUAUUAAGCAGGAGUUUGCUAAGAUGAGGCAGCUGUUAAUUGAGGAAGAGCGCAGGGCCCUGCACCUGGUGCAACUGCAGGAGGCAGUGGCUACGGCACACGUGGCUGAGGUCAUCGCCGAGAUUAAUGUCACCAUGCAGAAGCUGAACGAGGAGAUGGCGGAGGUCACAAAGCAACUGGACACCUUCAACAAUCUGGCACUCAUGAAGCCAAAGGAAAUCGAAGAUAAACUCAGGGAGAAAUUCCACAGAAAUGACUCCCCUCCUCCAGGCAAGCGUGGAGGUCGUGGAGAGCCUUCAACUGCAAAUGGACCGUGGUGAAGCAAGCAAAGCGGAGAUUUUCCUGAAAUUUUUCCAACUCCCUUUAUCUGCUCUUAUACAGAAGAUAUUUAGAUUUAAUCAAUGCAUUUAAAAAUUUGUAAUGGAUAUUGAACCAAAACCUGUGACCGAGCGAGGGGCUUUUUUGAUUUCUGAAUGCGGCUGGAAAUCGCGGACAACAUGAACAAGAGUCGCUAAUCGUUAGCAGAAGUGAAGUGUGAAUGGAGAACCAGCCACAGGGUGCAACCUGGCCUAAUACAACCCGGAUAAACAGAUGGUUAAUUGUA